CGCGGGCCGGGCGCGCUGACCUGGUGCGCAUGUCCCGGGCGGUGACGCCGGCGCCGGGCUCCAUGUGUGCGGCCGAGGGGCGCAUUAUCUGGCCGGCGGCGCGGGCGGGCGGACCGGCGGAGCGAGCGGCGCGGGCCCGGGCGGCCCCAGCGGCGGAGCGAGCGCGCGCGGCCCCGCGCCCCUCGACCCCUGGCCGCCCAGUUCCUUUACGACCCCGCACGACCCCGGCCCAGCGCUCUAGGGCCGGGCCAGCGCGGCCCGGUUGGCCAGCACGUGGCCACAAGUUGCCUUUUGACAUAGCUGCAGCCAUGGCCGGCUGGUAGGACCAGCGCCCCAUGCCCAGAAGCCAGUUCAGAAUGACCGAAGAGGCAUGCUGCACCCGGAGUCAGAAACGGCCUAUGGACUGGGGCCCAGCGGAGGACGACGCGGAGAGCAAGAGAGUGAAAAUGGAGAGAAGCUUGCCGCCUGCCGUGGACGGAAGUGCCGAGGGCAGUGUGCGGGGGACACCUGAGCCCGGGGCAGGCCCGACCCCUGCGCUGCCCACAGUAGAGAGGCAAGGUGAAGGGCAGGCAGAUGAGCCCGUGGAUAUGCGCACUUCCAGCAGUGAUGGGCGGCCCGAGAGGAGGGCCCCCUCGCCCGAUGUGAUCGUGCUUUCAGACAGUGAGCAGCCCACCAGCCCGCGGGUGAAUGGGCUGCCCAAGGAGACUGUGGACACCAGCACCGAGGCACUGAUGAAGAGCAGCCCUGAGGAGAGAGAGCAGAUGAUCAAGCAGCUAAAGGAGGAGCUGAGAAUAGAAGAAGCCAAACUCGUCUUGCUGAAAAAGUUGCGGCAGAGUCAGAUACAGAAGGAGACGCCCACGCAGAAGCCCACAGGCUCCUCAGGGAGCACCGUGACUACCCCUCCCCCGCUUGUACGGGGCACCCAGAACAUUCCUGCCAGCAAGCCAUCGCUUCAGACCUCCACCGCCCGUCUGCCCGGCAGUGUCAUCCCACCGCCCCUGGUCCGUGGCGGGCAGCAGGUGGCCUCAAAGCUGGGGGCGCAGGCCAGCUCCCAGGUGGUCAUGCCGCCACUCGUCAGGGGGGCCCAGCAGAUCCACAACAUCCGCCAGCAUUCAGGUACGGGGCCACCUCCGCUGCUGCUGGCGCCCCGAGCGGCUGUGCCCAGCGUGCAGAUUCAGGGACAGAGAAUCAUCCAGCAGGGCCUCAUCCGGGUUGCCAGUGUCCCCAGCACCAGUCUGCUGGUCAACAUCCCCCAGUCCUCCCCAGCGUCGCUCAAAGGGACAACGUCCUCCUCUGCCCAGGCCAACUCCACCCCCAGCAGCGUGAGCUCGUCCACUGAGUCUCCUGCCAGCCGUCAGGCAGCUGCCAAGCUGGCGCUACGCAAACAGCUGGAGAAGACGCUGCUGGAAAUCCCCCCACCCAAGCCCCCCGCCCCAGAGAUGAACUUCCUGCCCAGCGCCGCCAACAACGAGUUCAUCUAUCUGGUGGGCCUGGAGGAGGUGGUGCAGAACCUGCUGGAGACACAAGCGGGCAGGGUGCCGGCUGCCGUGGUGCUGUCCCGGGAACCCUACAUGUGUGCCCAGUGCAAGACGGACUUCACGUGCCGCUGGCGUGAGGAGAAAGGCGGCGCCAUCAUGUGUGAGAGCUGCAUGGCGUCCAACCAGAAGAAGGCGCUCAAGGUGGAGCACACCAGCCGCCUGAAGGCCGCCUUCGUGAAGGCACUGCAGCAGGAGCAGGAGAUUGAGCAGCGCCUCCUGCAGCAGGGCGCCCCCGUGCAGCCCAAGGCCGAGCCCACUGCCCCGCACCCCUCGCUGAAGCAGGUCAUAAAACCCCGGCGGAAGUUGGCGUUCCGCUCAGGAGAGGCCCGCGACUGGAGUAACGGGGCUGUGCUACAGGCCUCCAGCCAGCUGUCCCGGGGCUCAGCUGCAGCUCCCCGAGCCGUCCUGCACACCUUCAGCCAGUCCCCCAAACUCCAGAGCGCCGCCUCGGCCACCGCCCUGGUCAGCAGGACCGGCAGACAUUCCGACAGGGCCGUGAGCACUGGCAAGGGCGGCGCUGCCGCCUGGAAGAAGGCGCCACUGAGCACAGGCGGGGCCCUGGCCUUCGUGAGCCCCAGUUUGGCGGUGCACAAGAGCACCUCAGCCGUGGACCGCCAGCGGGAGUACCUCCUGGACAUGAUCCCGCCCCGCUCCAUCCCCCAGUCGGCCACGUGGAAGUAGCGUGAGCCGGCACUGACCACUGGCUCCCUCCACCGCCGCCUAGUCCUGUCACCUCGCUCGGAAGACCCUGCGCUCCGGGACAGGGGAGCGAGCGCUCCUUCGGCUUCUGGCCAGGUCGCUUCCUGGGGGCACGUGGACCGUCCCUGGGGACUCCCCAUGGGCUUUCUUCCUUUCUUUGCCUUUAGUUUGCCCAACACCAGCAGAAACGCGGACCUCGGGGGCUGCUUCUGCUCCAGCCUCCCCCCACCCACCCCCGGACACUGUGACCCGCUCAGGCGAGGCUGGCGCCCUGGGCCCUCCCGUCGAGCAGAAUUUUUGUUUUGUUUUGCUUCCUUGUCUCAGCCCCCGCCCUGGACUGUCGUCUUUAUGACAGUCUCUCGGGGGAAAGAUUUUUUUUUAAUCACCUCAUGAUGAUGGAGUUGAAAGUAAAUCUUGCGGAACCAGGGGUCCCUGCCGCGCCCGGCGCCCCUCCUCAGCAGAAGAGCCAGCAGAGAACCCGGAGUGCUGGAAGCAGCCCGCCAGUGCCGCGAGAGGAGGCGCGAGCCGCGACUGGUGUGUCCGUGGGCCUGAGCAGGAAGUUGGAGCGGGGAGGGCUGUUGUUUUCAUUGUUGUGGUCUAUUUCAUUAAAUUUUUUUCUUUUCUUUUCCUACUUGGAUGGGCAGCAUCCUUGGCCUCCCUGACCUUGUGACUCAUGGUGUGUCCAGGUUGGGCGGUAGCUGAACUUCAAGGGUUCAGUUGGGGUCUAGUUUAGAACCUUUCCGUAGAGCUGAGCCGGGCUUCGCCUUCAGCCUGUUCCUUUCUUCCUUUUUUUAAACCCUCUGUAGAGUCUGCAGAAACGUUUCACCAAGGAUCAGGUCUCCGCGCGUGGUUUUUGCUUUCUCCCACUCCCUAAAAAUCGCCUCCGUGAGGAAAGGCAGAAGCUGCGAGCGUGUGGGUGCGUGGGGUCGGCAAGAUGGCCGGUACACGCCGGCUCCUGGCCCCCCGCUUGCACCCCAGCCCUGGUUUUCCUGCUCGUGCAGUUAGGGGCUAAUUUAAAAUCCUCGUUUGGCAGAGCAGCCGUCCCCUACCCCCUCCACAGCUUCCACAUUCUAAUAAAGGCUCAUUUAACCCCUCA